CUCUCUCUCUAAAACACUGUAGACUAUCUAACCGCUUCUAUUGUCCAAGCAAAGACCCAUUUCUAAUUCCGAUCCCUCAAAGAUUGCUCCUUUUCUCUUCUUUCUCUUUUGAAUUUUUGCACCAAAACGCAAUCUGUGCUGAGAAAGCUCGAGUCUUUCUUGGCGAUUCAGGGCUUUGAUCGGUGGGUUUUGGUUUUCGGGUCAAGAAUUUCAAAGGGUCUGUGUCACUUUUGUUAAGAUGAAGAAUGAAGCUCCAUCUAUUAGUCAAGAUAAAGGUCAACCAGAUCAACGUACAGAUUUACAAUAUGAUGAAGAGACUACACGUGCCAUACACUCAAGACAUGACUCAAAUGAUAAAAGUCAACCAAGCAUAUCAGCUGCAUCAACAACCAGUGAAAACGUGUCAUUAAUCCAACCGCUUUGUUAAGAUUAGUUGGUGGAAAUUAGGCAACUUGUUUUGCAUGAAUAGUAUAUAGCCUCAAUUAGCAGCUGUAAUUAGUUUAGCUAGGCAUUUUGUAACAAAUUCUCAGAGAAAUAUCCAAGUUUGUUUAGCUCUCUCUCUCUUUCUUCGUCACUUUCCUCACCUCCACUGGUUCUAGGGUUCUUGAUUCACAUCACCAUAGCCAUUUUCUUCAUGCUUUCUAUCUCACCAUGAUUCUUAACAACUUUGUGAGAACAACUUUGUGAGAACAAGUUGAUCGGUGAAGAUGGUCACUCUUCUUUAUGGGUCUGGUCUGACUGGAGCUCCGGUUUCGAGCUUUUGGUGAUUUCUAGGGUUUGCGGUGUGUGUAAAUUUUGUGACUUUGAUUAGGGUUUCUCGGUGUUGGUGAAACGUAGACAAGCCGUGUUAGAUUGUACCUUGAAAAUUGAAUUGGCUCUGUUUUUUUCGGCUAUAAGAAAAUGUCGAUCUUGCCGAAUUCACCAUGGAGAGGAUGUGCAGCAAACUACCCUCAACCUGUCAAUGAAGUUGUCGAGCUUGCAGCUCAGUUUUUGGUAGAAACUGUUUAUUACUUUAAUUGCCGUAUUGCAAAUCUCCCACUGGCUGACAUCGAGUAUAGAAGCAGCAGUGGAGAAGAAGACAUACUCCGCCAUGUGUUCCGCUGGGAUCUUACCCCCUAUCAGGAGGUGUUUCAGAAUGGCUUCGAAGCGAGGCGUCAAGAAAACACUACCGACCAAGUCUACUACAAUCUGGAUGACUACGUCCAUCAUGGCGGUAGGCCUCUUGAUUCCCGCCGACCCGCCACCCACGCCUUCGUUAGCACCACCCUUAACAGCGGUUGGCAUCCCACCGUCACCGAGACUGUGGAGGAAGUAUAUCGCUAUGAGAUAUAUGCUCCCGGUGGCAUUUUGGUUGCUGAGACUCUUGGUGACCGUUACCAGUACCCGGCCCAAGAUGAGGUCUCCUUUGUUGCCGGCAUUGCCCCUCAAUACAUUCGCUCUGUCCAACGUUUCAGGCUUGUUCGUAAUGGAAGAUACACAAGACGGGAGAGACUUGAUGAGGAAAUGAUACUGAAUGGGAACUACAAUCCACAAUCACAUCCAUACCGGGCGCUCGACAUUCGGAGGCCAGUAUUGGACUACGUGGCUGAAGAUGGUAAGAGGCAGCAUCUGAACUUUCGCAUUUGGGAAGGCCCUGCAAUCGACAACUCAGACGCCACUGAUUGGUAUGCCGGCGGUGUGGCUAACUAUGAAAGCUACAUAGAUGCUGCAUUCCGUUCGUCUCGCGAAAAUGAAGCCUAUCUAUUCAUGAAGAACGAGUAUGUGCUAAUCGACUAUGCUCCUGCCACUACAAACGACAAGGUACUGAAAGGACCACUUCUUAUCUGCGAUGGGUUUCCAUCCCUCACGGGCACAGCCUUUGCUGAACAUGGUAUAGAUUGUGCCUUUGCGUCUCAUAAUGGGAAUGAAGCCUUCAUCUUCUCUGGGAAUCUCUGCGCACUGAUUGACUACGCACCAGACACCAAAAAUGACAAGAUAAUCAAAGGCCCGAUGACCAUCCGUGCCAUGUUCCCCUUCUUCAAAGGGACGGUGUUUGAAAGCGGCAUAGACGCCGCGUUUGAGUCAACGAGAAAAUAUGAAGCUUACCUCUUCAAAGACAACCAGUACGCUCGUAUAAACUACGGUUCUGAUUCCACUACUCUCGGCAACAUUAUCACCUCCAAUGUCACCGCUGUCAACUUUCCUAGUUUGAAAAACACCAUCUUUGAAAGUGGAAUUGAUGCAGCGUUUGCUUCGCACAAGACUGAUCAGGCUUACCUAUUCAAAGGAGAUACCUACACACGCAUCAACUUUGCUCCUGGCACCACUGGGGACUACAUCAUCGGUGGCGUCAAGACGAUCCUUCCCAAUUGGCCCUCUCUGCAACCCUACUUGCCUUGCAAAAACCGUGGACUUGACGUUCACAAUCACACUAGCCCUAGUGUUGAUGAUGAUGACCGUGACCAAGAUCAACUCUAAGAUUUCAGCCCCAUAUUUACGUGCCAAACUGAGUGUGCCUGCAUGAAUAAGGGUUUGGCUGAUCUGUUUCCCUUCUAUGUUUGGAAUAAUUAAGGGCCUCUGCAUGGUCUUUUGUUUCUGGUUUCGGUCUGUUGUGUAUUGUAAAUAUUAAUAAAGUCAUGAGACUAUUUACUGCUGA